AUGGCAGAGAUGGAAGAAAAAGUAAUUAUGACGCCUAAGAGUAAAACAGCAACAUCUACUACUUUAAUAGUAGAGAGAAAAGCUGUUAAUGCUGAACCUAGUGAUAAAAUUCACAUAGCCGGUGGAGACCACACCGGAAUAAUUAUCAACAAAGAAAAAGUGUAUGAAAAUGGCUUAUCAGAACCUUGUCAUGCCCAGUUAGAAUUUUGUGUAUAUUUGGUAUCAGCUACGGACGGCACUCAUACAAGAGAAGCAAGAGCUUUAAGAUUUUGGUUCAAACCUGAAGUUCCAUUGCAUGACUGUGCACAUGAAGCGCAAGCAUUUUUUAGAGAACUUGUUAGUCCUCACGACUUUCCUAAAGAUUAUGUUGGUUUUAUUAAAAAGAUAAUUAAACUGAUGCAGAACAAGUAUCACCAACUCAAAGUCCUAGAAGUAGAACUCAGACAGGAGGGUCCUGGGUCUCCACCACCAGCAUUUAUUGAAGAUAGCUUUGCAAACCACACUCAGUUCUCAGAACAAAAAGUAUUAGAUAUGAUUGAGAAUGCUUAUCCAAAUCCUUUAACUGUUGAAGACUUUAUCACUGCCGGUCCAUGGUCUAAAGCAGAAGUUAAGGAUGCAUUAGAAUCUUUAGAAGAGAAGGGCCUGACUAGACCAAUAUCAGAUGGCCUAUAUAUUCGCCAACACAGUGUUGAUACUCAGGUAGUAAAACAAAUGCCUACCUUAUGUUCUUCUCGACAACCUACAAUUGCCGUUGUGACAGCUUUGUUUUGCGAAAAGCAAGCAGUUGAUGCCAUGAUGGACAAUCAAGAAACUUAUGUUCGGUUCACAACAGUUGGUGAAUCCAACGUUUACACCUUGGGAACGAUAGGUGCUCAUCGCGUCGUCACCACAAAGUUGCCAUCGGUUGGUCGCACUAGGGAGGCUAUGACCGCAGCUGGUAAUACAACUACAAGAUUGCUGGGCAUUUUCCAGAAGGUGGAGUAUGUAUUUCUGGUUGGCGUCGGUGGGGGAGUGCCACAUUACACGGAUUACAAGAAACACGUUCGACUCGGGGACGUCGUGGUCUCGACGCCAGCUACGGACUUGCCAGAAAAGCACGUAUACGUCUUCUGCGAGAAAGCUGAACGUAAUGCGAAAGGCGGUUGGGACUACGAGGUGAAGCCCUACAAACCGAUGAACUUUAUGCUGCAAGAGCUCGCGCAGAGAAUUGCACACUCGAACUCUUUGUGGACUGCCUAUGUGCAAGAAGGAUUGGAGCGUCUCAGGGGCGUCCCAGGCCGGUGGGAGCCCCCGGAACAGGGUACCGACAGACUCACAGUUGACGUCGGAGACGGCGCCUUCAUAGAAGUCUCUCAUCCCGCACCGAUUGGCGAACAAACUCGCGAAGCACGCGUCCACUGCGCACCAGUAGCAGGCGGUCGAAGCGUUUCGUGCGGCGGCGAAGUUCGCGCUGCAUUUGCGGCACAGGCGCGCGCGCUUGCGUACGACUGCGAGCUGGAUGCGGUGCUCGACAGUGUCGUGGGAAAUAGAAAGGACUGUUUCAUAUCUAUUCGAGGAAUCUCUGACUACCGCGACGGUACUCGUGGAAAGGAAUGGCAGCCACAUGCCGCAUUAACUGCUGCUGCUGUUAUGAAAACUAUAAUUGCUGCCAUGGACCCACCGACUGAUUAA